AUGCAACAGCCAACCAACCACACACUCAGACUACGAACUUCAUCAUCUCGUCUCGCUAUCUCGAGUUGCCUUCUUGUCUUCAACACAAUAACUUCCAGAGACACUACACCUCCAUUCCAUUCCAUUCCAUGCUGCCCCCCAAGAAGAAACGCCGUGUCGACACGGAUGUCGCCGAUGCGACCAUGACGGACGGCGAUGCCGAGGAAGCAGUGUCGACUCCCACGGUGAGUUCGCCCCCAACGUUGGCCGCGUUGGAUCGGCUAUUGGAUCAAUUCACCGACUCGUUGGAAGAUUUUCGAGAAGCCUCUUCCAUUCUGUUGAACAUCAAGAGUUUUCAACGAGAAGUCCUGCAGCAGUUGGCCACGACGGAAGAAUCGUUGGCCGAAGAGCACACCAAAGUGGAACGCCAUCACACGACCUUGGCCAAUUUGAAGUACGAACAAGGCCAUUGGGAAUCGAAAAUUCAGCACAUUGAAGCCACCAGCAAGACACCGCAGUUGGAAGCCCUGUGUCGAGAAGAACUCGAUGACAAUUUGAGUGACACAACAAAAGUGAUUGAAAAGUUUGUGGGGCAAGAUAUUUCGUCUCAUGAACACCAGAAGCAACAAGUCAUUCAUUUGCUCCAUAAUCAAAUUCACGAACGAGGAACUCUGGAACGUGACGUUCUCCAGAAAAACAAGGAACUCCUCAACAAACAAGGAAUUCAAAAGAAACGAGCCCAAUUCUUGCAGCAGUUGCCCGACAAACUCAAGGCCAUGGAAUCGGCCAGUCUACCACUGCAGCGGUUCUUUGCAGCCGCAUCGGCGGCGGCCGAUAAGGACAGUGGACUUACCAAGAUUGGCGCUGCCAAAUUCAAUACAUCCGAUCGAGAUACGCGUCUUCAGUUGGCACGGAAUUUGGCCGGGCCGCUCUACACGCUCUUGGUCCAGUUGCAGUCGUAUUUGGACGAUUAUCCCCAUAAAAACAUGUCUCUGGAUGUCGCCAAUAUCAGUGCGCUCAAAGUGUCAUCGUCAGCAGCCGCAGCCAGCAGUGUAUGGAAAGAUCCACAUGAAAAGGUGGUGCUGUGGCAAAUUCCCAUUCCCAACGUUCAAGCGGGUGCUGCGUCUGCCAGUACUACGUCUUCCACAAAAACCAAGUUUGUGACGAUUGGGUUUGUCUAUUUUGAAAAGCUUCAGGUCGUCACGGCCAAAGUUCUGAGCCACAGCGGAGAAGAUAAAUUGCUGGAUGUGAGUACAUUAUUACAGUAUCACCCACAGGAUUCUGGUAACUAUCAUCCCGAACAACAACAACAACAAGUGCAGGAAGAACAGGAAGAGGAUUCCAAACCAGCCAGCAGCUCGGAGGAUGCCAUCAUGUCCGAGGCGGAUGGGGACAAGCAAGAAGAAGAACAAGAGGCAGUCAAGAAACCCACAUUUGUCUAUGGAAAACCGUUUCUGUGGUGUAAUUACUUGGCUGGACUCCAGUUGGUCAAGGGAGAGGAUCCGCAAGAAAUCAACAAGCAGAGUACACGUGCCAUUGUGGCCAACUUGUUGCGACAUAUUCGAGCCAAUGCCAUUUUGCACUACCUGCUCACCAAAGUGUUGCCCUCGCAUCCAAGAUUUUCCAGUCUGCCGCCAGCCUCGGAUGCAUCACAAUGCCUCGCCAAGGUAUCCCUGUUUCAAUUGGACAAGAAUAACAACAAAGAUGACACUUCCACCAAAACGUACAAGGUGCAUUGCAAACGUGGCAAUCAUAGUCUGCAGGCAUCGGUUACCGUCAACCCAGCCCUGUAUCCCGCAUUGGUGGCACCAGUUUGGUCCCUUACCGCCAGUGACGUCGAUUGGGGACAACAACACGGCAGCCAGGAAGCAUUGGACGGUACCAACGCAGCAAGCGCACCGCCCUUGCAUGAAUCACGAUUGUUUGCCAUUCAAGGGCAAGUCAACAACAUUGACGCACUCAUUGAAAAGUUGCAGAAAAAGGCGGCCGACGGUGAAGACGCCUUGGAGGAGGACGAAAAGGAGUCGUUCUAUUACGAUUGGAUCUUGACGCACCAGUUGCGGGAGAUCUUGGUGGAAUGGGACGAUUGGGUGACAACCAGCUCGGGAGAGGAAGGAGCUGGCGCAGCAGGAAGGACUGUGCGUGGACGCGAUCGGGCAAAGGUGGAAUGAAUGAUUCGAAUCAGGAAGAUUCUGAUCUGAUUGAUGAUUUUCUGGAGUAACGUCGUUCGAGGAAAACUGCCUUUGCUCAGUGCACAUUCUGAGCAGACGCCUCCAGAUCGAUACGUGAGAGCAAAGUUUUAAAAUAGCGUAAAUGUGUCUACCACAAGUGAAAUUCUAUCAAACCCCGCGUUGUAGCUUGAAGUCGGCACUCCGU